UAAAACUAUUAAAUAUUUAAUCAAGUCAGUACUUAUUCCUUAAUUUAAAAUGCUAAACAUGACUGGUUUUCAUCCUUGUCAGUGGCAACACCUCAGCAAUGCAUCUCGCGUCCUGCACCCCACACCCAAAAAAACCGGAUUGCAGCUGUCAUUUAUUUGCAAAGUUUUUGUGUUUGUAUGUUUUCGCAACAUUUAGACGCCGAUUUACGCGUAUUUAAAUCCAAGAGUACAAAUAAAUUUUAACAAUUUACAAUUUAGUAAUGGGUUCCGAAGAUGUGAAAGAAAAUGCUGAAGUUCAAGUAUCGAUUGAAACAAAUACUGGGGAACCACCACCAGUGCCACCACAAACAAUAUCAUCUCCUGUAGCCGAUGCAGAAAAUCCAUCAAAUGUCGCUUUAAAUUCGCUAGGGGCAAGCGAAGAAUCCGAUGAAGAUAAAGAUGAGACUGGAAGUGUUGGAAGCACGGCUACAACAACAACAUCACGUAGUAAAUCCCCUGGUAAUAGAAAGGCAUUGCAAUCUCGCAAAAAGGCAAAGAAAAUAGUUAAACCAUUGUACAAGUACACGUGCCAUCUUCGUGAAGAUCACGGACAGCCGUUGUUUGGUGCACAGUUCAAUCACCAUCUCAGUAAGGAGCAAGCCAUUUUCGCAUCAGUAGGAAAGGACCGCAUUUCAAUUUAUGAGUGUCCCCGUGAUAGCGAAAGCACUGAUAUUGAAGUGUUUGGCAUAAAGUUGUUGCAAUGUUAUGCAGAUCCAGACCCCGACGAAAACUUUUACACUUGUGCUUGGUCUUACGACCCUGAGAAUGGCGACCCCAUACUUGCUGCAGCUGGUUAUCGCGGUGUUAUACGCAUCUUCAAUCCUUCGAAAAAUCUUUGCUCUAAACAUUACAUUGGCCAUGGUCAUGCUAUCAAUGAGUUGAAAUUUCACCCAAAACUGCCACAGAUGUUGCUUUCCGGCAGUAAAGAUCACUCGCUGCGUCUCUGGAAUAUACAAACGGAUGUGUGUGUGGCAAUAUUUGGCGGCGUAGAAGGACAUCGUGACGAAGUGCUUUCACUUGAUUUCGACUUGCGCGGUGAUCGCAUCAUGUCCAGUGGUAUGGAUCAUUCGUUGAAAUUGUGGCGCUUGGACAAGCCAGCAAUAAAGGACGCAAUUGAAAAUAGUUGCUCAUUUAAUACAACCAAAAAUGCUACACCGUUUCCCACAAUCAAAGAGCAUUUCCCCGACUUCUCCACACGAGACAUUCACCGAAAUUACGUGGAUUGUGUGCAAUGGUUCGGGGACUUUGUUCUCUCCAAGUCUUGUGAGAAUUCGAUUGUAUGUUGGAAGCCAGGAAAACUUGAACAGACUGAUAUAAAAUCCCAAGAUUCUACUACAACUAUUAUACACCAUUUCGAUUAUAAAGAAUGUGAAAUAUGGUUUGUACGCUUUGCAUUUAACUUUUGGCAAAAAGUUUUAGCUUUGGGGAACCAACAAGGAAAAACCUAUGUAUGGGAGUUGGAUAAUUCAGAUCCGAAUUUAACUAAAAACAGCACUUUAAUCCACCCUAAGUGUACCAGUGCUAUAAGACAAGCUUCAUUCUCCAAGGAUGGUAAUGUUUUAAUAUGCGUUUGCGAUGAUGGUACGAUUUGGCGAUGGGAUCGUACAAAUUAGACUUACUACAUAGAUUAAUACAGAAUAGUCCAUACACCUUAUACAUACGAAUGAAUGGACGGUUUUUCUUAAACCAGUAAUUAGUCUAUAAUUCAAACCAAGUUUGUCGUUUGAUGGAAUCAAUCUCAGAUAUUCUCUUCAAUUGUAUAGCUAGAAAUGUGCAUUAAUCCCAUGAUUCAUCUACAUACUUAUCCAUUUACAUAUAUAGUAAUCAUACAUUAAGUCUACACAUUUACAUUAUAAAAGU